AUGCCGCCACUAAAUGCCUCAGAAGAUACGAUUAUUUGCUAUGCUCCAUUGAUGAUUACGACCCAAGGGAUAUGGCAAGGCGAUAAUCCUUUGAAGUACUCGCUCCCCCUUUUCCUUUUGCAACUAAUUCUCGUCGUUGUUACCACUCGAAUUCUUGUUUUCCUCUUGAAGCCCUUUCGCCAGCCUCGUGUCAUUUCGGAGAUUCUUGGUGGAGUGAUUUUGGGCCCAUCGGUGUUGGGACGAAGUACAGUCUUUACAAACGCAGUAUUCCCAUUAAAUAGUGUGACGGUUCUUGAAACAAUGGCGAACAUCGGCCUUCUCUACUUCCUCUUCUUAGUCGGAGUAGAAAUGGACAUUGCAGUGAUCCGCCACACAGGCCGAAAAGCCAUCUUUAUCGCAUUCGCAGGCAUGAUCCUCCCUUUCCUCAUUGGCAUCUCCUUCUCCUACCUCUUACACGAAAGAACACAACCCGUCAAACAAGGCACCUUCAUUUUGUUCCUCGGAGUUGCUCUCUCCGUAACCGCAUUCCCAGUACUCGCACGAGUCCUAGCCGAGCUCAAGCUACUUAACACAGAUAUUGGCCGAAUCGCGAUGUCAUCCGCCCUUGUGAACGAUAUGUGCGCAUGGGUUCUACUAGCGGUAGCUAUUGCGCUAGCUGAAAAUGAAAAUAUUAAUUUAGCUACGCUAUGGGUGGUUUUGUCUAGUGCGGGGUUUAUUAUGUUUUGUGUUUAUGUGGUUCGACCAAUGGUUUCUUGGAUCAUUCAAAAAACCCCAGAGGGUGAACCGGUUAGUGAUUUCUAUAUUGCUGUAAUCUUGACUGGAGUUAUGAUCUCGGGGUUCAUAACCGAUGCUCUUGGUACCCACUCGGUGUUUGGUGCAUUUAUUUUUGGGUUGGUGAUCCCAAAUGGGCCUUUAGGAGUUACACUUAUUGAAAGAUUGGAGGAUUUCGUUUCGGGUCUUUUGUUACCACUUUUUUUCGCCAUUAGUGGGCUUAAGACGGAAAUAGGCGCGAUAGAUGGUGUGGACACAUGGGGUAUAUUAGCACUUGUGAUAGUACUAGCGUGUGCCGGAAAAGUGGCUGGAACUUUGCUUGUUGCACUACUCUACCAGAUUCCAUUCUAUGAUGGGGUUACUCUUGGAUUCCUCAUGAAUACCAAAGGCCUUGUUGAGAUGAUUGUCCUCAAUGUUGGAAAGGAUCAAAAGGUGUUGGAUGAUAAAUCUUUUGCAAUUAUGGUGGUGGUCGCAUUGGUAAUGACAGCUAUAAUAACUCCGGCUGUGACCGUACUUCACAAACCGUCCAGAAGAUUCGCGCCCUACAAAGGUCGAACAAUCCUAAAAACCAAACCGGAUAGUGAGUUAAGGACCUUAGUUUGCAUCCACACACCAAGAAAUGUGCCUACCAUCAUCAACCUUCUUGAGGCUACAAAUCCAACAAGCAAGUCUCCACUCUGCGUAUAUGUCCUCCACUUAGUCGAGCUGACGGGUAGAGCCUCCGCCAUGCUAAUCGUCCACAACAGUCGUCGCACUGGCCGACCCGCAGCUAACCGAACACAAGCACAAUCUGAUCACAUCAUCAACGCUUUUGAAACCUUCGAGCAACACGCUGGAAACGUAUCGGUCCAACCCUUAACCGCGAUAUCUCCGUACUCCACAAUGCACGAGGACAUAUGUAGCGUUGCGGAGGACAAACGUGUAGCAUUUAUCAUCCUCCCAUUUCACAAACAACAAACAGUAGACGGUGGAAUGGAAGCUACCAACCCGGCUUAUCGGGUGAUUAACCAAAAUGUUUUAGCUAACUCCCCUUGCUCGGUUGGUAUUUUGGUAGACCGCGGUCUCAGCGCGGCCACCAAGAUUGCUGGAAACCAAAUAGCACACCACAUUGCGGUAGUAUUCAUUGGUGGGCCGGAUGAUCGAGAGGCUUUAGCAUUUGCGUGGCGUAUGUCCGCAUAUCCAGGGAACACGCUCACUGUAAUGCGGUUCGUAGUUGGAACCGAAAACCCCGAACAACCAAGCAGUUCCAACCGGGUUCAGAAUGACCCCAGGGUUUUGACGGUGGUCACUGAUAGCGAAAGAGAUAAACAAGAAGAUGAUGAGUUUAUAAACCAGUUUAAGACGCGGAUUGCAAAUGAGGAUUCGAUUAUCUACACAGAAAGAGUGGUGAACAAUGGUGAGGAAACGGUGGCAGCGAUUCGGUCUGUUGAUCCGGUGCAUGAUUUGUUUAUAGUAGGAAGAGGCCAAGGGGUGGCGUCAUCGUUGACCGCCGGUAUGACCGACUGGAGUGAGUGCCCAGAGUUAGGAGCAAUAGGUGACCUGUUAGCAUCGUCGGAUUUCGCAACCACGGUUUCUGUACUAGUGAUUCAACAUUAUGUGGGUUCCGAUCUAGACGAUUUCAGCACAUCACCUGAUACUCCAACAAACCACCAACAAACGUUCAUGAACCGUUCACCUAAGCCAUCAUCAUCAUCAUCAUCGUCAUCUUCCCCGAGGGGUUCAUAACCUUAGAAAUUCAAAAUCGUAUUAUUUUUGUUGUAAGCCAAGUAGGUUAAUUAACA